GAAAAAUAGUCCCUUCUCGGCGUUUCUGCGGAGGGAUCCAUCAGAGCCGCGCUCCCGAUCGCUAUAUAAGGAGGCGCCGGGUGUGGCGCAGGCAGUUCCGUGGAGGCCGGGAGUCCAGUGGGCGUUCUGGUGUGUGCCGUGCAGUCACAGCAGCUUGACAAUGCAGAUCUUCGUGAAGACCUUGACCGGUAAGACCAUCACCCUGGAGGUGGAGCCCAGUGACACCAUCGAGAAUGUCAAGGCGAAGAUCCAGGACAAGGAGGGCAUCCCCCCUGACCAGCAGAGGUUGAUCUUUGCCGGGAAACAGCUGGAGGACGGGCGCACCCUGUCUGACUACAACAUCCAGAAGGAGUCCACUCUGCACCUGGUGCUCCGCCUCAGAGGGGGCAUGCAGAUCUUCGUGAAGACCUUGACUGGUAAGACCAUCACCCUGGAGGUGGAGCCCAGUGACACCAUCGAGAAUGUCAAGGCGAAGAUCCAGGACAAGGAGGGCAUCCCCCCUGACCAGCAGAGGUUGAUCUUUGCCGGGAAACAGCUGGAGGACGGGCGCACCCUGUCUGACUACAACAUCCAGAAGGAGUCCACUCUGCACCUGGUGCUCCGCCUCAGAGGGGGCAUGCAGAUCUUCGUGAAGACCUUGACCGGUAAGACCAUCACCCUGGAGGUGGAGCCCAGUGACACCAUCGAGAAUGUCAAGGCGAAGAUCCAGGACAAGGAGGGCAUCCCCCCUGACCAGCAGAGGUUGAUCUUUGCCGGGAAACAGCUGGAGGACGGGCGCACCCUGUCUGACUACAACAUCCAGAAGGAGUCCACUCUGCACCUGGUGCUCCGCCUCAGAGGGGGCAUGCAGAUCUUCGUGAAGACCUUGACCGGUAAGACCAUCACCCUGGAGGUGGAGCCCAGUGACACCAUCGAGAAUGUCAAGGCGAAGAUCCAGGACAAGGAAGGCAUCCCCCCUGACCAGCAGAGGUUGAUCUUUGCCGGGAAACAGCUGGAGGACGGGCGCACCCUGUCUGACUACAACAUCCAGAAGGAGUCCACUCUGCACCUGGUGCUCCGCCUCAGAGGGGGCAUGCAGAUCUUCGUGAAGACCUUGACCGGUAAGACCAUCACCCUGGAGGUGGAGCCCAGUGACACCAUCGAGAAUGUCAAGGCGAAGAUCCAGGACAAGGAAGGCAUCCCCCCUGACCAGCAGAGGUUGAUCUUUGCCGGGAAACAGCUGGAGGACGGGCGCACCCUGUCUGACUACAACAUCCAGAAGGAGUCCACUCUGCACCUGGUGCUCCGCCUCAGAGGGGGCAUGCAGAUCUUCGUGAAGACCUUGACCGGUAAGACCAUCACCCUGGAGGUGGAGCCCAGUGACACCAUCGAGAAUGUCAAGGCGAAAAUCCAGGACAAGGAAGGCAUCCCCCCUGACCAGCAGAGGUUGAUCUUUGCUGGGAAACAGCUGGAGGACGGGCGCACCCUGUCUGACUACAACAUCCAGAAGGAGUCCACUCUGCACCUGGUGCUCCGCCUCAGAGGGGGCAUGCAGAUCUUCGUGAAGACCUUGACCGGUAAGACCAUCACCCUGGAGGUGGAGCCCAGUGACACCAUCGAGAAUGUCAAGGCGAAGAUCCAGGACAAGGAGGGCAUCCCCCCUGACCAGCAGAGGUUGAUCUUUGCCGGGAAACAGCUGGAGGACGGGCGCACCCUGUCUGACUACAACAUCCAGAAGGAGUCCACUCUGCACCUGGUGCUCCGCCUCAGAGGGGGCAUGCAGAUCUUCGUGAAGACCUUGACCGGUAAGACCAUCACCCUGGAGGUGGAGCCCAGUGACACCAUCGAGAAUGUCAAGGCGAAGAUCCAGGACAAGGAAGGCAUCCCCCCUGACCAGCAGAGGUUGAUCUUUGCCGGGAAACAGCUGGAGGACGGGCGCACCCUGUCUGACUACAACAUCCAGAAGGAGUCUACUCUGCACCUGGUCCUGCGCUUGAGGGGAGGUGUCUAAGUUCCCCCUUUUAAGCUGUUGACAAAAUUCUUUGCACUUUUCUUUCAAUAAAGUUGUUGCAUUCCCAAA